CCCCAGCAUCUCGGGUAGUUACACACCCACAUUACACAGACACACACACACGUCGUGAGCGCGCAGCAGUCAGUUGGCAAAGUUUGACGCGCAGACUUCCACAGUGCAGAUGCGUUAGAUAGAAACAGGGAACUAUGCGGGAUAUUUCUCAGUGACUGAAAAGAAUUCUUUUGGCUCCACGGUGAUAAGAAGUUUGGCGCCUGUAACCUCAAGUCUGACCGUGAACGGAGCUAUAUUACCUUCCACCUGCGCUUCAGUUGUUUCGGAGUUUUUCUCUUGGGCGCUUCACUUUGUCGAGGAAGGCAAAACGCGCUUCGAUAUUUUGGCACUUUGGCACAAGUCGGGACGUCGUGCGCGCUUGGCGUCAGACACAAGGAGCCAACAAGUGGCUUUUAUGUACGGGUAGAGGAGAGAAAUACAGAAAACCUGAAGCAGACAGUUGAUUGCAGGGAAUUUCAAGUAAGUAAUUUUUAAUCUAAGCCACUGGAGGAGUUUUAAGUGUGUCGGCACCAUGAGAGGACCGCUGGUUUUCCAGAUGUGGAUGGUUUUAUUGUUGGGGACUGUAGUUGAAGUCGGGAAGGCUCAGGUCUCCACCGCCAAAGUGAUGAGGGGCAACAACAGGAGAGACGACAGCAAUCGCCUCACCACAGACUUGUACCGCAAAGAGGAAAACGUCACGGUAACACCAGUGGGCGGAGCCAUCCACAGCCCACGCUACCCCAACGCUUACCCACGCAACCUGCUGUUGUCAUGGAAACUACAGUCACCACCUGGGAGCCGCAUACACCUGGAGUUUGACGGACACUUUGGCCUGGAGGAGGCUGAGAAUGGAGUGUGCAGGUAUGACUUUGUUGAAGUGGAGGACCAAUCAGAGACCAGCACUAUAAUUUGGGGUCGCUGGUGUGGGCAGAAGGCACCACCUAGUCUCAACUCCAAAAGCAACACGCUCAGAGUCACCUUCAAGUCUGAUGAUUACUUUGUUGCAAAGCCGGGAUUCCAAGUCUACUACUCGCUGCUGUAUGAUUCUCCUUUACCUGCAUCCCAAACCAACUGGGAGGCUGUGACGAUGCCCAUGUCGGACAGUGGUGGAGGGAAGAUGUCGGCAGCAGUCACAGAGGAGGUUCCUUUCUCACUGGAGGAUUUAGACAGAACCAUAGCAGCCUUUGACACCGUGGAACAGCUUCUCAAAUCCCUGAGCCCAGACACCUGGAGACAGGACCUGGACAGCAUCUACACUCAAACACACAUACACUAUAGAUCCAGGGCCUAUCAUCUGGCAAGCAGACAUAACAAAGUGGAUCUGAACCGUCUCUACGACGACGUGAAGCGGUACAGCUGUACUCCUCGCAACUACUCCGUGAACCUGCGCGAGGAGCUGAGGACCACCAACGCCGUCUUCUUUCCUCGCUGUCUGUUGGUGAAACGCUGUGGAGGGAACUGUGGCUGUGGAACUAAUAACUGGAAUAACGGCUGCACCUGUCAGGCCUCCAAAACAACACUCAAACUACAUGAGGUGCUGAAGUACUCCCCAGAGGCUACUCUGCAUCAGCGUCAUCAGAGGCCACGGGUUCGCUGGGUCAUCGAUGAAAUCUUCCUUUCACAUCAUGAAUCGUGUGAGUGUGCGUGUCCCUCCCAGCCUCCUCGCUGAGACGCUCACACUGGCAUGUGCAUCUGAAACUGUGGGAUGACUUCUUCUUUUAUCUGUUUUGCAAUGGACUUACUACUAUAACAGCACCGCUGAGAAACAUGCGGCAAAGAAGGCAAAUAUUUGACUGAUGAACUGCAGCUCGUAUCAUAUACACACAUUUCCUGUUGCAGGUAAACCUCCUUAGCCUUUCUUUGUGUUGUUUAAAAGCAUAAAUGUUUCCAGCCAAACAACUUUCCUGCAGCCUGGUGUUUAAAUCCCCACUUUUUAGACCACAUUUUAACAUCACAUGCAUCUUUAAGUGCUAUAGUAGCAGUUAACUUUCUUCAGAGAAAUUCACUUUUAAUUCAAUCAUCUUCUCCUCCUCAACUAAACUCUGAAACUCAUCACACAACAUUCUGAGAAAAUACCAGCAGGGUUGUCUUAAACUUAAUUUACAUUUUGAUUAAAAAGGUUUUGAUGAAUGUCAGCUUGAUUGAAUUGAAACUGAAUUGACUCCAACCACUAUUCAAACAGUCUUUUACUCAUAUUUCAUGUGUAUGCAUUUGCAGUUCUUUGUGUUAGAAUAAGACUAUUUCUAGAAACUUCAGGCAACUCUGCUGCCAGAAGCAUGCCAAGAUGAGUGAGCAUGAGACAGAAGGAGGGAGGCAGAGGGGUUGGAGAAGUUUACACCAAAAUAACACUUUAUCUUUAUGUGAAAUUAGGCUAACUUCAACCCUCCAACUCUGAAUCGCUCACAUUCACUCCAGGUUUCCUAUAAACUAAAACUCUAGUUAUUUAUGCAGAAUUCUAAGGGUUCCUUUGUUUUGCACACAUUCCUGUCUGGAAAUAUUCACGCUUCCCGUUGUCUGCUCAUCCAUCCACACACCUCAUGCUUCUUUUCUUUCUCUCUCACUGACUCAAACACACACACACUCUCUUUCCCUUCAUCACUUUCUCUCUCGAACACAUCAAAGGAGAUGUGAGAUCGGGCCGCUGCGCUGUGCCCGGUUUUUCAGAGCAUUCCUGGCAUUCCUGCUGCUAGGCUGAAUUCUGCUAACGCAGAUAAAGCCGCGAUCCUCAGACCCUAAACACAUAACAGAGGAAAGAGAGGAGGAACUCAGGAAGAGCGAUAGAGAGGAAGUUUUGAGGAGAGGCGGCUGACAGAAAAGGGACAAUCAAGCAGCCUAUUUGUAGAUUACCAGCACUCCAGGAUGAGAGUGAGAGAGAGAGAGAGAGAGAGGCUAUCAAGAUACAACACAUAAAAGAUUGCUGCUCAUUCAGCGGUUUCAAUCAGCAUGCUCGAGUUUUUGGCGCUUUUUUUUCCCCUUUUCACUUGAAAAUGCUAUCACAGUCUGACCCACUGCUCUGUAACUCUGCAGAGAUCUGUAGGAAUUAGAGUAAUGUUCCCGGUCUCGGCUGAAAAUACAACUGAUACUCGAGCGUGUGUGCAGCUCAGGAAGAGGUCCUUUUGUUUCAGGGGUGGAGGGUUACCAACAGUCUGUGAGAGUCUGGCAGCAGAUACAAGCAUGUGAGCGGUCGGCAUGCAGCUGUGCGUGCGAGUGUGUCCUGUGCAUGUAUAGGUAGCUAUCAAAGCUAUCAGCAGCAUCAAAGCAACAGAGCAAGAAAUCAAAUUAGCUGCUUACCAGUUUUCCAUAGACACGAUCCAGCUGUGAGAAAUAAAAGACGGUGUCAUCUGUCAUCUCUCCAUCGUCACCUCCCAUGUGUUCCACCAUCCACACACUCAGGCUCGCUUACAGGCUGGAUUUAUGCAGAGAAAAUGGGAUUUCACACACUACUUUUGUUCUAAAGACAGCAAAAACAAUAAGUGGACACUGAGACGAUUCCUCGGUCACAGUGAAACCCGAUCAGCUGCGUGCCAGCGGCAUUUUUAUGAGCAUGUGUCCACUGUAAGUCAAGGGUAUUAUUUGGCAGGUGUGGGAUUCUAAACACUCUUAAAUAUUGCAAAAGUAUGUCAGGUUGUGCAGUAGUCGCAUUCCACAUAAUUUAUCCCAGACUCCAUUCACACUCACACACAGAGUUGUUUUUGGCUGCAGUUCGUCUAACAAAAGAAACUUGAUUUUGCUGCAAGCUUCUGUUUUCUUGUGAGGUUUGCUCCGGUUUCUGUGUGUCAAACUUUGAAUCGCAAAAAUAAACACAGCAGAGUUUGGCCAAAGUGAGUGAUUUGUUCAGAUUUCACAGAGGGACAGUUGACAGGUAAAUAUCCACGUUAUAUUUUCAGCAGAUAACGAACCUGUCGGUGAGGUUGGUUUAACGUGCCAUUUUCUAAGAUGCGUUGCUGCAAAAUGAAUAGGUUUUGUACAACGGGCUAAUUUAGAACUUCUAGAACUUAACAGAAAAAAAGCUGAUUGUUGAUCAACAGAAAUGCCUAAAUAUUCUCUAAAGUUGAAGGAUUUGCUGCUGUAAUCUAAAUAUUUGGGAGUUUUUUGACAUUCAGUUACAUCACCUUCUGCAGUCUUUUGAUAUUCCACACACUAAAAGGAUUAAUUCUCUAAAUCAACUGCAAAUGUAAGUGUUGUAAAUGUAUGUGCAGGGGAUGUGUGUUUGUGUGUGUGCAUCCUGUGGCUGCCAGUUUGUUGGCGUUAUCAGCACAUUCCAUUGUUGUGUGCUCCAAAGUGACAUUCCUCUUUUUCCAUGUAGCUCUUUUGUUUUCUCCUCCAGUUCUUUACAGCACAAUCACAUGUAUUUCAACAUCAGGCAUUUAACUGGUUUAUUACAGACAACUACGAACUUCCAAACCACACAGUGGACUUUUGAGAACAUUGCAGAUUACUUUACUGUCUUAUAUUAGUCUCACUUUUCAUUCUGUUCAUGCUGUCAUGUUUUCAACUUGCUGUUAGUUUGAACAAACAAAAGUCAACCUGCUUUGCUGCAUUCCAAAAAUAUUCAUGACAAAACUGUAUGCUUUACCUAAAUAAUUUAUUGUCUUUCUCUGUUGUUUUAUUAAAAAUAUCAGCUGGUUGGUUUUGAUAAAGUAUUUCUAGCA